AUGGUAGUUCUGAUCACAGGUGGGAGUGCAGGUAUUGGUGCCACUACAGCAGAAUUAUUUGCUAAAGAAUGUGCCACAGUAGCUAUUGUUGGUAGAAACGAAGCUAACCUUAAUAAAGUUGCCAAAUGUUGUGAGAGUUUUGGUGCACCCUCACUAGCAAUAAAAGCAGACAUAGCUACAGAUGAAGCAGCUAAAGUAAUAGUGAAGAAAACUAUCGACAAGUUUGGGAAACUAGAUGUGCUAGUCAACAAUGCUGGAAUAUUGAGAGAAGCAGCCUUAGAAGCGGACAAUUUCUUAAAAAUCUUUGAUGACGUGAUGAAUGUUAACAUACGCGGUGCCGCUCGCCUCACGUAUUAUGCAGCUCCACACAUCAUCAAAACUAAAGGAAAUAUAAUAAACAUAUCAAGCAUAGCUGGACUUUGUACACAGAGACCGAAAAACAUAGCUUAUAGGACAUCCAAAGCUGCUUUGAACCAUUUUUCUAGAAGUGUAGCCUUAGAACUUGCUCCACACGGGGUAAGAGUGAACUCAAUAUGCCCUGGACCAACUCAUACAGGACUUUUUGAUGGUCUGGCAGUAACAGCAGAUGAUUUAAAAAGUAAAGCAGCGUUGAACAGGGUUUUGGAUACCAUUGAGAUUGCUAAUAUGAUUCUUUAUCUUGCUAGUGAUAAAGCAAAAGGUAUUACUGGCUCUAAUUUUCUUAUCGAUAAUGGUGUUCUGUUGAUGUACAAAUGA